UUUGGUGUUGUGCAGCUUUGUUAUACGCCAAGUGUCAUUGCAUACACGAUUGUUUUAAGCAUUUAUGACAAUGCUGGUAAGCUUAAUCUUGCAGAGGAAGCUUUUAUGGAGAUGAUUGAGUUAGGGUGUGAGCCAGAUGAAGUAGCUUUUGGCACAAUGAUAUGUGCUUAUGCUAGAUGGAGCCGUCAUGAUAACAUGUUGUCAAUUUAUCAUGCAGCAAGAGAACGCGGACUUGUUCCAUCUCUUACAGUUCAUAAUUUCAUGAUUUCUUCUUUGCAUAAAGCAUCCAUGUAUGAUGCUGCUACCCAGUUGUGGGAAGAAAUGUCUAUUGCAGGAGUGAAGCCCAAUCAUUUCACAUAUACACUGUUAGUUGAUUUAUACAGCAAAGAGGGUAAAACAGAGGAAGCUUUAACAAUGUUUGAAGACAUGAAAUUGUCGGGGUUUGUUCCGAAUGAAACAACAUACAACAGUGUCAUCAAUAUGCUUUUGGGGCAAGGUAAACAGGAAGAUGCAUUAUUAUUUUUUGAUGAUAUGAGAUCACAAGCUAUUGUGCCAAGUAGGUAUACGUAUACUUCAAUUCUUAAUCUUUGUUCCAAACGUGGUGAUCUGCAGUGUGCUCUUUUAAUUUUGUCUGAGAUGGAGAGAAAUAGAAUAGAUGCAGAUGAAGUUACAUGCAGCAUUCUUAUCACUUUGUAUGGCAAGUUGGGAUUGUAUGAAGAUGCUGAAAUAACUUUUAAAGAAAUGAGGAAAACUGGGCUUCUCACUCAUGAAAAAACAUAUCUUUCAAUGUCACAGGUAUAUAUGAAAGCAAGAGCUUAUGAUCAAGCACUGAAGGUUCUGGAGGACAUGAAGGAUAAGAAUGUUAAAUUUUCCAAAUUUGCAUGGAGAGCUUUGCUUCGCUGUCAUGCUAUGCAACGGAAUGUGGAGUCUGCUGAAAAGACAUUUCAGGUUAUGCUUACAUCUGGAUACUUAGAUAAUGUUGCAUAUAGUGACAUGAUGAAUUUAUAUACAGAUGCAGGUUUGACACAGAAGGCCAAAUCAUUAAUUAUCCAGUUGAGGAAAUGCUCUGUGGAGAUUGAUGGGGGGCUUUAUAGGGUGAUGAUGAAUGUUUACAAAAAAGCAGGUAUGAUUAGGGAUGCCGAGUUAUUAAUUGAGGAGAUUGAAGACAAAGGAAUGAUUGUAGAUGAAAUUCUAAAGACAAUACUAAUACAAGCCUAUGGAGAGUCUGGAAGACUUUCUGAUGCUGAAAAUUUGUUUAGAGGUAUAAAAAAUCCAGAUUCUGCAGUUCUGGGUUUGAUGCUUUACUUUUAUAGGAGUUUCGAUAAUGAAGAUGAUGCAAAGGUCCUACAUAAAAACCUUCUUGAGAAGUCAAAUGGUAUUUCUACAGCCAGUCAACUCAUUGUCCGAUUUGUAAAGGAAGGUGAGAUAAGUAGAGCAGAGUCUCUCUAUGAUGAAAUGGUUGACCUUGGUUUCAAGCCUGAUGACUCGGCACUUUCUUCUCUGAUCAACUUUUAUGGAAGGAAAAAGCAACUGGAAGAAGCGUUAAAUGUAUUUUAUACAACUUCAAGUUCAGGAUCACCUCCUGGAAGAUUUGUCUAUAAUUCCAUCAUAGAUGCCUGUGCCAAAUGUGGUAAACUAGAAGAUGCAGUUCAUCUUUUUGAGGAGAUGGAAGAACAAGGACAUAGUCAUGAUAGCAUUGUUAUUAGUUCAAUGGUGAAUGCUUUUACCAAAGAGGGUAAAUUUAGGGAAGCCGAGGAACUUAUUCAGAAGACUCAUCAGAAUGACAUUGUGCUUGACACCAUUGCUUAUAACACCUUUAUUAAAGCGAAGCUAGAUGCAGGAAAAAUUGAAGAUGCUAUCAAUUUAUAUACCGAUAUGCAGGCUGCUGGUGUUGUUCCCUCACUUCAGACAUACGACACAAUGAUUAGUGUCUUUGGAAAGGCUGGUGAACUGCAGAAUGCCAUUCGGAUAUUCAAUUCUCUAUUGACAUCUGGAAUUAUAGUUGAUGAAAAGGCAUAUAGCAACAUGAUAAGCUGUUAUGGGAAAGCUGGGUAUUUUCAAGAUGCUGAAAAGCUGUUUAGCAGGAUGCAACAAGAGGGUAUAAGGCCUGGAAAGGUAGCAUACAACACUUUGAUGGAUGCGUAUGCUAGAUCAGCACUGUAUACCAAAGUAGAGGAGAUUUUUCAUGAAAUGCAGGAUGAAGGUUACUAUCCAGAUUCCUAUACUUACCUUGCACUUAUUUGUGCUUACACAAAUGGUCAAAGAAUUUUAGAAGCAGAAGGCCUUCUUGAGAGAAUGAAAAGAAAGGGUUUCCACCCAGGACCCGUCCACUUUAAUCAGUUGAUUUUUGCAUUUGGAAAUGCUGGCUUGGUAGACGAUGCUGCCAGAUUGUACAUGGAGAUGGAAAAGGCAGGAAUUAGGGGUGAGUUGGCUUGUCACCGUACAAUGUUGAAGAUAUACCUUGACCAUGGAUACAAGAGUGAAGGGAUUGCUUUGUUUGAAAAGCUUCAGAAUAACAUAGAAGCAGAUGCCAAUAUACUUGCUAUAGCUAUUGAUCUAUAUGAAUCUGCAGGGAAGAUUGGAAAUGCAAGAGAUAUUCUGCAGUUGAUGAUAUCACUCAAAUUGAAGGAUGGAAUCUAAUAGAAACUAGUGAGAAAAUGUAGAAACACAAGCAUUUCCAUGAAGAUCCUGCCAUCUAAAACCAUCAUGCUUAUGGCAAAGGCGAUGCAGUAAAAAGGAUUAUUUCAAAUAGACAAUAAUAUUCAUGUUUACAAAGGCUUACCAUCAAUGAAUAUAUGCUGCAAUAGGCUACAUUGGAAACUGAUGCAUGGAACCUCGUGCCAUUUACUUGUAACUUAUGUAUACAAAUAUUCAAAAGUUGCAGUGGGGUUUUCACUCCUAAGGAGUUUAGAUUCAGAACAUUCUCCUGAAUGACUUCUUCUCUACAUUGGAUGGGUGCUAGAAAAUAAGUGUGAAUUCGACUAAUAGAUCUGUAACCUGAUGGAUAUUAUGCAAAAUGCCUGCAUCCUUGAUCUAUCGGUGCCUUUGUCAACAGAAGCUCAGAUAGGAGCAUCAUUUUAAUGGUCUCUGAUAUGAAGACCACCAAAUAUAACGUGGCAUUUCUACCAGUUGAUAUGCCUACCUGGUCAAAGAGGAAAUCUUAGCGUUAGGGAGGGUUUGAGGGCAAAAUAUUGGAAAAGCAGCCCGUCUCUUAAGUAACACUGGUAUUUAGUCGUGCACUACCUGGUUGUUGCUAGAUCAUUGAGGGGUAACAUAUCAAGAGAAAUGAGUUAGAGCUUUAAAAAUUAUUCACUGAUUUAGUUAGAAAGAUAUUAUAAUAUAAUAUCAGUCAACCGGGAAUUGUACAAGGAAUCAAUUUAAAUUUAAUUAUCAAGACCAUUUGGUCUUGAAGACCACUCCCUGGUAACGGCUUCAAGUGCAGAGUUUGAGAUAAUGUAACUUGGUUCUAUGUUUAUUGUACAAUAUUUCAGAUUUUAUGUCAACAAUCCAAACGUAUCUGUUAAUCAGCAUAUCUGAGGGUGCAGAGCUUUCUUGUCUGCCAUGACAGUUGACAGCAGGUGAUCGUUUGUGGAUACAUUAUUGUGGUGUAAAUGACAUGAAUCCAAUGACUUCAAUUCAAAUUUUAAUGUUAUAAUUCUAAGAUGCUCUAAUAAAUAAAACAGAUAAAUAGCUAAUAAAGUUAGCCUGGCUGACGAAAUGUCCAGAUUCCUCACGUUUACUAGUCAGAGCAUUAUGAUGAGUGCGGUUGCCAACCUCUAUUGGUAAUUUGGCAAACACUUUCCUUGGUGGUCAUUCAAUAUCAAGUAUUAUUCCAGUUUUAAAUUUUA